AUGCCAAUGUUUGAUCCACCAAGCGAAGACACCGCUUCAACGAUUGCAGAAGCCCAAGACCUAGGCAUCUCAGUUAAGGUGCUUACCGGAUAUGCAACCGCUAUUUCAAAAGGAACCUGCAAGAUGCUGGCUAUGGGAAGAAAGUUUUGCAACUCAAAGCGAUUAGUCGGUGGCCUUAAUGGCGCUAUGGCUGGCGAAAUGGUUGAAAAGGCGGAUGGUUUUGCGGAAGACUUUCCAGAACACAAGUAUCAAGUUGUGGACAUGCUGCAAGAAUGUGGGCAUCUCACGGCUAUGGCAGAUGAUGGUGCCAAUGACGCGCCUUCGCUCAAAAAGGCUAUGUGGUAUUGCCGUGGAAGCAGUCUGCCUCAGACUCCUGGCCUUUCGACCAUUAUAGAUUCUAUCAACGUUUUUGAAUGGUACUAUACGCCCUGCUUCUGCUUCUUGGAGCUUAUGACUAAUUUUAUGCAGGUGGUUCACCAAAUCUUUCAGCAGAUGAAAGCAUAUAUACAGUAUCACAUCACUAUCUGUCUUCAUCUAGAGAAAUAUCUUGUCACCACCAUGAUCGUCAUAAAUGAAAGUCUUCGCACAUAG